UUCACCACCUACAGCUCUCAUGACUACCUUGGAAAUCAUCAUCACCUUCUCCAUCUUGUUUUUCCUUUUUCCGAAUCAAACAUCAGCAACCUGUCAUGAAACAAGAUGCAAGGCCAAGGAACCAUGGGUACGAUUCCCUUUUCAACUACUAAGAGAAGGCCAAGACUUGGAUUGUGGCUAUGAUCGAGGAUUUGAUCUCUCCUGCAGCAACCACCAUAAGCGAACUAUCCUCACUCUCCCAUCUUCGAGAGACUUCAUCGUGAAGGACAUCAACUACAUCGACCAUAUCAUAUGGAUCGACGAUCCCGGAAGCUGCUUGCCUAAGAGGCUCAUGGACCAUGACUUCAGUCUUGUGGACUCACCCUUCUCAUACUUUUACGGCCUCGAAAGCUACGUGUUCCUCAACUGUUCGUCGACGUCCCGAGAAGAGAUACUAGCACCGUCUUCACCAAUUGAUUGCCUCAGUAGUGAGGACUACAAGGUCAUAGCUGUGCAGUCUACUUGGUUCUUUGCUGAUCUUAAUACAUCAAGCACUUCAUCGAGGCCACUGGCUCAGACAUCGUUAUCCCGUCUUUGUUCCGUGAUCUCCACAGCUAUGAUUCCACUGUCAGGUUCAUUUGACGGGUGGGAUCUUAACUUUGGUGUUCGGUUGGCAUGGGACAUGCCCGAUUGUCGUCUAUGCGAAGCAAGCGGGAGAUUAUGUGGGUUUGAUAUUGCUACAACUUCGCAAGUUGUUGUGUGCUCUGGACUUUCAAAUUCAGUACACCAGAGCAAAUCAGGCGUCUCUUUCCGUCUCUCAACUGCAACAUACAUAGGCGGGGGAAUGCUUGUGCUAUUGUUCAUCUGCGUGUUUGCAAUAUGUUGUUUUGCUAAACCACCUAGUGAUGUACCCACCACAGAAUGGUUGGCAGUAACAAAUCAUCAACGAACUCCUUCGGCAUUGGCGCUCAAUAGUGUGACUACCGAAGCAUAUCCCAAGACUCAACUUGGUGAUGAGAGUUUGGAACUGCCUAACCCCAAUGAAAAAACUUGUGCAAUAUGUUUGUGCGAGUACCAGCGAAAGGAAACAAUAAAGACUAUACCACGAUGCAACCAUUACUUUCAUGUUACUUGCAUAGAUGAGUGGUUUAAAACGAAUGUGACGUGCCCACUUUGCCGAAACCCAUCGAACAAUGAGGGGCUUGGUUUCCCUGGACAACCUUUGCAAGAUAUGAGUGUUGGUUUCUCUCUGUAGUUGUACUAGUUCCUAGCAUGAAUAGAUUGACACUAAAUUUAAAGCUAUAAAUCUCUAUUAAUGCUAAACUCGUUUUAUUUUUAAAAUGAUAGAUGAUUAGAUGAUAUUCACGUUCAGGGCCGGCCCAA